AUGGGGAAUUUAAUGGGCUGUGUGAUGAGGAAGAGGAAGGAGAGAUCAGCCAAAGUGAUGAUGAUCGAUGGCAGAGUCAUCCGGCCGGGUCCCCAGGCCACUGCCGCAGACGUGCUCCGGGACCACCCGGGCUACUCCCUCCUCGAGGCCGGUGGCGACCAACGACCGCUCCACUUCAGCCACCCGCUCGAGCCGGGGAAGCUCUACUUCCUGUUGGAGCUUCCCAGGCCCCCCAUGUUCCGGCGUGAGCUCCGGCGGGGCGCCGUGGAGAGGUUGGAGAGCCUCAAGCUCUCCCGGCUCUGGCGGAUGGAUGCGUCAGCUAUCGAGCGGCGGAGCAAGGUCCGAGAUGAUUCGGCCAGAGUUCGCGCCGGCGGCGGGGGUAUGGACGACUUCUUAGUUCGGAUACGGCUGCCGAAGGCUCAGGUGGCGAAGCUGGUGGCUGAGAGCGAGGACAAGGCUGAGGUGGCAGAGAAGAUCGUGGCACUUUACUUAGCCGAGAAAGUGGAGCCGGCAACGACCUCAAUGAGUUCGCCGGCGGUGGCGAGGAAAGAGAGAAGACGAUUGCUACCUGUUGUUGAAGAAACACUGCAGUGAAAUUAACAAAGCAUACUUGAGUAACUUAUGGAAUGCUUUCCCUUAUCUUUUAAUGAGUGUUUUAGGAGAGAUGAUCUUUGUAGUUAUAGUAGUUGUUGUAUGUAAAUGUGAUUUCUUUUGUAUAUGGUAAUUAAUGUUGUAUAUUCGUCAAGAUUAGUUACUAAUUAUGG